UAUUAUCUCGGUCUGUUCGAUGUUCAGGAGGGAUAUCCGUCCAGAAAUGGAACUGGCAACAUGUUACCAUCUCUCCUCGGGGUGAACGUGAUGACAUUUCUAUUCGCACAGUUUGACCGGUACUUUGCCGUUUGUCAUCCGUUCAUCUACACGCGCUAUAUAACCCGGCGGGUGGUUAUCUCUGCAAACGUCUUUUGUUGGUUUCACGUCUAUAGUCAGUCGACCGUUUUAAGUUUUGUGCCACUUUCCAAAGCGUUAGAGCUGUAUGUUUUCAGUAUUUUAUUCUUACAAAUCAUCGUGCUCACCAAAGUGGUCAUGACCGUCAAACUGUUCGUGGUCGCCAGAUUCCAGCUCGACAAAGAGCCUCCGGGCGCCGACAAAGAGAGCAAGAAGGAAUCGUUGAGGAUUAUUAUUUUCGUCAUCGUAAGCUUCUUGGUGUUGUGGCUCCCCUCUUUUUUAAACAUCAUCAUCAGAUUUGUGUUAGGAAGAGGGCUGACGUUUAGGAACGAGGCCACUAAUCUGUUCGCCAUCAUGGCUCGCUUCAACGCGGUGUGCACGCCGUCCGUGUACAUCUGGGGGAGUCCGUCUCUGAGGGAAGCUCUGGUCAGGACUGUGUGGGGCAGAGUGUGUCCGAGAUGUAGAAGGAGGUAAUGAGGGGGGGGGGGGGACACU